UCCAGCUGUGGAAACUGCAAUGGAGGCAGAACCUACUGCAACUGCUAUUGCUGCUGCAGCAAGCUGUGAGCUGACCCAUCGAAGUGAUCCAGAGGCCUCCAUCAGAAGGCUGCUUCUUAUGUCAUAUUUUCCUAGUGGCUUCUGGUCAAGGCUCAUGACCCGCAUCCUAGCUGAUGAUGCAGUUGUGGACAUUGUGCGUUCCUUUUUCAUCAUGCCCAAAGAGGUUACUACUGAUGCACGUCUUGCACAGAUGCUUGAUGUACGAGCAGAUUGGGUUCUGUGGCAAACAGGCAUGGAACUCCGCUAUGCUGACACUACUCUUUUCCGCAUGAAAGAGAUUUUACCCACCAUGCGGAAUAGUCCAAUGGAUUAUAGUCAGCUUCAGCUGCGGGUCAAGCAAGAAGGCUCAUGGACAGAUGUAGAUUUAGCAAGUUCUUCAAUUCUAGAAAUAUACUUUCCUGUUGAUACAGUGGUCAUAAAGCGGCCCAUAACUGAUGAAUUAUCAGGUGGAGAGGCCAUUGGCUAUCAAGCUGUUGUUCUUGAUCCAAGCCCAGAGUACGUCACAAAAUUGCUUGCUCUGGCUGUGGAUCAUAUUGAUGUACUUUUAGAAGAUUGGUACCCAACUCUUGGCACAAGAUUUGUCCACACCUCUGAGGGACGGUUUCUUGUAACCCGCCUUGUGCCAUGUCCACGAUGUAUCAAUCUCAACUGUGAUAAUGAGGAUAAUGGUGUAAAUCGACCCCGAUCUCAAGACUCUGAUGGCUGGGAACAUGUGUCUCAAACUGUUCGACCCUCUCACCUUUCCAAAACUCUCAUCCAAUCCGAGAGUGAACCAGGCUUCUUGAGUCGGCUGACAAGAAAAAGCCAGGAGAGUUCUGCUUCUGACGGAGACAGUGGUGUCGGACCUGAUAGUACUGGUUCAAGCCGGAAUCCCUCUAAAGAGGGACAUCCCAACUACAGCGAGGAAGCGUACCGGUCGGAUGACGACUCGGGCGUGCAGUUCAGCUGGAUGGUCGAGGAGUGCAUCCUUGCUGCGUACGACAGGAAGGCAGUAACCUGUCCCGUCCAUGGGGACUUCGCCCUCGCCCAGGUUGCACCUGACACUAUCUUCCUCGACCUGGGCGAGCGCUACCUGAUCCGGCCCGAGCACAUGCAGCAGGGCCGCCUGCUCGGCCGCGGCGCCUUCGGCUUCGUGUUCAAAGGGUCGUGUCAGCGGCCCGGGCCCGGCGGCGCGCGUAACCCCAACCACCACGUGGACGUGGCCAUGAAGAUGCUGCAGCCGGUGCAGCCGGGUCCCAACGCGCACCAGUCGGCCGUCAUGGCCUUCAAGGCGGCGCAGGGCAAGUGGUCGCGCGACCCGCUGCAGUACGCCACCAAGGCCUACUGCAACGCGCGUCAGGAGCUCAAUAUCCUGCUGAGCCUGCGGCACCCGCACAUUGUACCGCUGGUGGGCGUGUGCACCAAGCCGCUGGCCCUGGUGCUGGACCUGGCGCCGCACGGCGCGCUGUCUGCCGUGCUGCGCCACCACCGGCGCUCCGGCGCGCGGCUGGGGCCUUUCGCGCUUCAGGCAAUCAUUCUGCAGGCGGCUAAGGCUCUGGAGUACCUUCACCAGCAGCACAUCAUCUACAGGGACCUCAAGUCUGAAAACGUCUUGGUUUGGGAGCUGCCACCACCCUUCCAGGACCACCCUGACGACCUUGUUCACAUCAAACUCGCUGAUUAUGGCAUAAGUCGCCUCACCCUUCCGUCUGGCACGAAAGGAUAUGGUGGAACUGAAGGGUUUAUGGCCCCCGAAAUAAUGCGGUUUAACGGUGAAGAGGAGUACACAGAAAAGGUGGAUUGUUUUUCCUUUGGCAUGUUCAUCUACGAGCUCCUAACACUCCACCAGCCCUUCGAGGGCCACGAAUCCGUCAAAGAGUGCAUCUUGGAGGGCGGGCGGCCGCCGCUGACCUACCGGGAGACCCAGUACCCGAGCUACAUGUUGGACCUGAUGGCGCUGUGCUGGUCACAGCAGCCGACGGACCGGCCGUCCGCCAGCCAGGUGGUGUCCAUCUCGUCCGCGCCCGAGUUCACGCACCUGUGUGACGCCGUGUCCCUGGAGCACGCCGAGGCCGUGGUGGGGACGACGAGCACGUGCCUCGGGGUGGCGGAGGAUGGCGUGGCCGCGGCCUGGCUGGCCCGGGGCGGCACGGUGGACCUCCUGCUGGCCUCGCCCUGCAGCUGGCUGCAGUCGUACAGCCUGACGGCCCCGCGGGCCCUGUCGGCCGCGUGCCACGUGCCGGCCUCCCCCAACGGCCUCGGCCAAGCGCAGGGACAGAACCAGGGCGCUGUGUGGCUGGGCGACACAGCUGGGCAGAUUCACGCGUACUCGGCGGCGGACUGCACGCACUUGUUCUCGUACCGACUGGACCCGGACGACGAGGACGGGCACAGCGUGUGCUGCCUGCUGCCGCUGCCCGCUCUGGCACGCGUGGCUGUGGGGCUGUCCAACGGCAGGCUGUUCCUGGUUCGGAGCGACACCCUGCCCGCCGCGCCCACCAUGGCCGAGGGCAGCUUCGUCAUGGCCGAGCUCGGCAGCAGUAGCGCGCUGCACUCACUGACCGCCGUGUUCCUCGACUGUGACGACGGCUCGCUGUGCGAGCUGUGGUGCGGCGAGGGCCACGGCAACGUGUCCGUUUACACCAUCCACGACAACGUGGUCACAGGCCACGACGUGGUGCAGCACCCGGAGCCGGAGCACGCGGCCGCGCCGCUGCAGGAGGUGCGCCAGCUCGUCUCAGCGGCCGGCUUCGUGUGGUCCUGCGUGCACCCGAGCAGCGUGGUGCACCAGUGGGACGUGGACACCAAGACGCUCGUCAACAAACUGGACUGCUCCAAAUUGGUGCCGUGUUCGGAGAGCCUCAAGUCCAUCAGCAUCGAGGAGCACCUGAGCCCGGGCCGUUGUCAGGUGACGGCCUUAGCCGUCCAGGGCGGCGAGCUUUACAUCGGCACGACCUGGGGCUGCGUGGUCGUGGCGGAGCGCGCCACUCUCCGCCCCGUCACCGUCUUCAGGCCCUUUGAGGAGGAAGUGGCCGCCAUUGUGCCCCUGGGCCCCAGCGCCGAGACCUCGCCUGCGGCCAACGCCCGGCCCGAGAGCGCGCUCAGUGAGGCUUCCUCCGGCACGGGCUCCACCCCCGCUUCUUCUACGGCCAGCUCUGUGGACUCGGCCAGCGCGACAACCCCGUCAGGACCUCCGGGGAAGGCCCUAGGCGGCGGCCAGGGCUACCCCCUCGUGGCCACGGUGGGGAGGGGCUACCGCAGCCUUAUCAACCGGUACACGGACUCCAUGCCGAGCAGCAACAGCCGGAGCAGCACGUGUGCGCUGCUGUGGCGCGCCCAGCACUGGGCCGUGCGAUAGCGUGGCCACAGUAUGGCGACAGCUGCACUACCUUGUUGCGUUUAUUUGUUGUGGAAAUAUCCUUCCAUCACGUACGGCUUUCUAGUCAAUGAUACCAACAACCAGCACCAUGUUGUGACGUGCUGACGUCGACAGAAAGUUUAGGUAAAUCUCAUAAGGGCUGUGACUGUGAACUUUCUCACAUAUGACAGCUUUACAGUUAGGUACAGCGUGUCAGAAAUGAUUUUAUUUUCACUGUGUCAAAUCUAUCAUUUAAAAAAAAAAGUAAAAACCAGCUACUUUAUUGAUACGGAAGUUCCCCUCAACAAGCAAGUACCUAUUUUUAGUGUGAUCCAGGAACUUGGUCCAUUAUUUCAUGAUUUCUUUUAGGACGGAGAGCUUGUGAAGCUGACUGAUA